CUGAGCGGCUCACUCCUGGAGCGGCUCAACAGUAUUCAGCUCACGACCUUCUCCCACCAAGAGCCUAAACCCACCGAAGAUAAACGGGCAUGGUUCGAACUUUUACUGACUAGGACUGCACACAAGGACGGUGACCGUAUCCAGGUCCAUGUCGCAGCGGGCCAUGGGAAUGUAAAAAACCACUACCAGAAGGGCAAACUGGUUUAUGGUAUCGGCUACAGAGACAACAAAGAAUCGGUAUUGCACAAUUUGCUUGAAGGUAGCAUGGAAAAGCCUGGCCCGGCGCAAGCAGAGAAAACACCAACCGAGUUUCUCAUUUCCGACGGCCUCGAAGUUGACGUUAUAAACGAAAGGAAGGCUGACGAGCCUGACUCCCAGGUCAUCGUGGGUAAGAUGAAAUGGGGGGAGAAAGGUGACAUGGAAAGAAAUCUUCGAACGUGGGAAGGAUUGGCAAGCAAGGCCCAGGAAGCGAAGAGACACGUCCUGCUUGUCUUUGACGCCGAAGAACUACCAGGGUCGGAGGAAAAAGAUCGUCGUCUGUCGUGGGAUCAGACAGUCGAAAAUAUUUGGAACCACGCGCUCCAAGCUUUAUGCAGCAAAAUAGGGUCGCAGAACAAGUAUUUCCACCUUCUAAUCCCGCUCGGCUUUGAGGGUGCAAUCUACAAGGGCUUCCAAGCUACAGACACCAAGGCCCAUCUCAUUUACGAGCCAACCAGCGCCAAAGGUAGUUUUCUUCGCUCUUACUCGGACAAGGAUGUGGACAAUACAAAAGACCCCGACACCACGGAGGAAAUUACGACGGAUAAGCUGAGGGAGCAGCUGAGGGAGCAGCUGAAGGCUGCCUGGGUGGCUGGUCUGGUGGCUUCUCUGGCCGAAGGGUCUGUCGAUUGCAUUGAAAACCUCGGAAUAAGGCAGGCCAGAGAUGCAAUGAUGACUGGGAUCAGAUGGUCUCGUCGCUUCGCAGCCAUCAAGUUCCCCAAGGGCAAGCCCCGCGGGACCGAUCCAGUCUUUCACCGCAUGAAGUUUGAAACUGUCUCAGAACCGGUGUUGGUGUCUGUCGAGCUGGAUUUGGUCUCGAAAGCAGAAGAUACAGACGAAAAGGCUUUCAAGCAGCCAUUAGUUCUUGACAGUCUGCCAUGCCCCCCAGAGAAGGCUGCAUGGGAUACGUUAAAACAUGGCUUUGGAUGUGUACUGCCAUACAUGCCCAGUGCCCAGUUUGGCAACCUGGUGACGGCUGAUCGGGGAGAAGUCGAUGGCUUCCGAACAAUUGCCAACACGGUCGAUAGCUGGUAUCAGGAUAAGACAAACAAGACCCCUUUGCCCAUUGCCGUGUUUGGGCAACCGGGCUCUGGGAAAUCCUUUGGUGUGAAGGAGGUCAUCAAGGCCACCCUGGCUGCCCAUCAGAAAGAAAUCACGGAUUUAGAAUUCAAUCUCUCGCAGUUUCGCAAGGAAGACGAUCUCCGACAGGCAUUUCAAGCUAUUCAGGACAAGGGACUCUCCGGAAAGGUGCCGAUUGUGUUUUUCGAUGAAUUUGACUCGACUUUCCGGGGAAGAUCGCUGGGGUGGCUCAAGCAUUUUAUCAAGCCCAUCACAGAGGGCAAGUACAUGGAUGGCGAGGUGACUCGACCAUUAGGCCGUGGUAUCUACAUUUUCAUCGGAGGCACCAAGACCACUUAUGGUGACUUCUUCAAAGACAUAAAACCCAUCAGCUCCAGCGCUCAUGCCAUUCCACCCGGCCAAGGUCAGACCCCAGAAACCAAACUCAAGGAGUUUCUUGGAGAUAUUGACGGCAAGCAAAACUUUAACACAAUUGAAUUGGACCUGUCCGAGAUGACUGAAUAUAACCAGUUGAAAAAAAGGUUCUACGAAAUCCGUGACCAGGCACUGGAAGGGAACCUUCCACUUGUCUUCUUUAAAAACUUCGAUAGCAAUUUCGGCGCCGAGAAGCUGGGAUGGCUAAAAUACUUUCUCGCUCCGAUGCAAGAUGGCGAGUUCUUCGAUCAUGGAAGCCGCCAUCCCAUCGGGCGUGCCAUCUUUGUCUUUGACCAGGGGACCCCCCACUUCAAUGGAUUUCCAGAAACAAACCUGAACUACGAAGCCUUUCCAGGCGCCAAGCUGCCCGACUUUGUGAGCAGACUUCGAGGUCACGUCCAAAAGAAACAAACAGGCAACGACUAUGAGCCUCUCAAGAAUGUGGCCACCUGGUAUCUGCAAAAAAACAAGGCAGACAAGCCACUUUCGAUCGGUUUGUUCCACCACUGUGCGGAGAACCCUCAGCUCAUGAGAGACUUCAAAGGUGCCCUGAAAGGGUACGUGAACAUUCUGGGACCCAACAAGCUCAACGAAAAUGAUGGGAAAUAUUUCCCCAUUCGGCGCGCAAUACUGCUUCGAAGCAUGUUUGAAAGAGGCUUCAAGGUCAGGGACGAGCUUCAAAUCAAAGAAGAAGUUCAGAACGCGCUUCUGUUUACUCCCAACGUUCUACAUGGUGCCCGUUCCCUCGAAGCGAUUCUGGCCAUGAGCCAAAUAUCGCCGUCAGCGCAAUUCGAGGAAGGUCAUCUUCCCUCUGUGGAUCAGCGGAAGUUGCAUGUGGAUCAAACGGAGUUUGGCAAGUACUUGAAAGGGCCAGACAGAAAUACCUGGGGCUCCUCAAAUGCGAACGAUAAGCACCGUUAUGCAUGGAUUGAACGGAAGUCUGGUAGAGCUUACAAGGUUGAGCCUAGCAGCUGAGAAUAUCAUUUUGUCACUUUCAUUGCUUUUGGAAUUGUUGAUCUCAUUAGCCACAGACUGUCACCUAA